AUGAAAGCAUAAAAAUCACCAGUUCUUCUUAAAGAAACGAUAAGCUCAUCAGAUCGUAAUUGCUUAACUCCUGAUCAGUAGGUUUCUGCUUUGUUGCAAACCUAAAGCAAGAGAUUUUCUAUGAAAAAGCGUUAGAAAAAAGAAAAGCUCAAAGCAUCGGUAAAGAAAUCUCUCAAUUUUGAUGGAAUUAAACAUUUUAAACAGGAAUAAAAAAAUGGUAAUGCCAAAACCAGCUAAAAAAGUCAUGAAAAAUCCCUCAGUGAUGAAGACUCCUCAUUAAAUGACGACUCUCAGAACCCUUUAUCAAAGAGAGUUAGAAAAAAUAGAGAUCAAAUUAAGGCGCUUCACAUUGCAUUUGAGAAAUCAGGCGGCAACUGGUCAAAAGAUGAUUAAACUUAAUUGGCAAGGCAGCUUGGCCUUAAUGAAUAAUAAGUAUAUAAAUGGAGCUGGGACCAGAUGUAAAAAAGAAGAAAGCUACAAGAAUAUAAGAAUUCAUCAGAAUACGCCUAAUUAAAAUAACAAGCAAAUACAGAUGAAUUCGGUGGUUACUCUAAAACUUGGCUCUCAAAAGGUGGAAUAUCCUCUGCCUCCGAGAGGAAAAUGAGUGAUGAUUUUGAGGGCUUAGAUAGCAUUUCUUCUCUGAUCGGCAUCGAUAUCGAACAAAAGGCAAAAGACAUAGUCUCCAAAAAAUCUCCAGAUGGGCACUCGAAAAGAUAAAUAGCUAAACCAAUAAAUCCAAAUCCUUUUAGUAUCAUUCCAGAGUUUAAGAGGCCAGACGAAAUCUCAGUACCCAUUCCUCGAAGGUCUACCAGAAAUUCAAAUUAUUCAGAAAUAAAACCGUAGCAAGAAUAAUCUAAAGAUAAAACAGCCCAAAAUAUUACACACUAGGACGAUUAGGAUGCUUCUCUGUUGAAAUAGCUCGAGAAAAAUCUUCCAUAUCACCAUCAAAUUUCCCUUGCUAUGUUCAAAUAAAUAAGUCAAACAUUUUCAAAUAAAUCUACACCGAAUAUCAAUGAUAAACCUAUGAUUGGUGGAACUGACCUCAACAAUCACUAGUCCAUACUAAAUCUAAUUAACAACUGUUCAAUUCAAUCACCAUUCUAAUUCAAGCAGCCAUUUGGAAUGAACUAUCUCAACCUCAAAAGCUAGCCUACAGAGGAGGACAAUAAAAAUAAGAAGAUAUCAAUGGCCUUCUAAAAUUUAUUUGAUGAUCCUCAGCUACCCUCAAAUGAUGAGGAUGAGAUUGAAGAAAAGCCUCUUAUCAUGUAAAAGUAGAGCUCCUAUAAAUUGAAUUCUAUCAUUUCACCGAUAAAUUUUUUGAAUCCCAUGGCUAUAAGUUACUAUGAAUCACAAUAGAAUGCAUUUUCAAAUACUCUCAGCGGAUAGAUAAGAUAGAACCCAUUUUAACAGACACCAAUGCAAAUGCAUUAAUUAAAUAGUGCGAUGAGUCAAAAGCUAUUUGUAAUGACUCCCUCGCCAAACAUAAGGAAGCCCUUUACUUUCCCUUGA